UGAAGAUCGACGGCAUCCAUCCCCAUCCUAUGCCACUUGGCAAUGGUGGCCUUGCAUGGCAACCACAAAUGCCUACAAAUUCUGCCAUUUUACUUUCCUUGUGAUCAGAGCAACACCACGGUGCUCCACAAAAGAAAAGACAAUACCCCACUAACCUAAGGGAAGCUCUGAGAAAACCCUCCUCUUCUUCCACUUCCACUACAAAACCUGUGGAAGAAGGGGGGAAUGCCAUUGCAGAAGAUAAGCGAUAGGCUCGACAAAGAUUAGUAUCUUUCACAAAAUAUUACAUGAAACCACUUUGCAGGUUUGUAGUGUCUUCCAGAUUGGUUUGUGCCUAGAAGUAGUAAUCUGUCACCAUAACAAUUGUUGACCUGCUUAAUAUUAAGGAUUUUUGAAGAACGGUUAAGAAGCCAAGCUAGCAGAUCUUUCUCCUGGGACUGCUCCUUUUAAUGCAGGCAUUUGUUUUCUAACUGCAAUGGAGGACUGGCUUCAUGCUAAGGAAUCUCAUACUUCUGUGGGAUGUGAGCCGCAGAGUAAAUCGCGUAGGCUGAUGCCCACCGAUGAUCAGUAUUUUCUCCUCUACUUCAUUAUGGGCACCUUCUUCGGGCCUGAUCUCAGGGAGGAAAUUCCUCGAAAGCCAGUUUUGCAACGACUUGCUGAGGGUCUGCCUUCAUAUACUUCCGAGAAACUUGCAGGUUCCCACGUUAAAACAGUAGAAGUGGAGAGGGUAUACUACCAUGUACUCAGAAAGGCAGAUCAAUCUGUUAUAGUAAAAUUAUCUUGGCUGCACCAGUUCCUCCAUGGAAAUCUCCCUAUCCCAGCAAAAUACUGGGCUGCUGCUUACCCUCAGUUUCCCGAUCUCUUUCCUCCCCAACUUCAUCCUCAUUCGCGGUUCAAAAAUCGUUAUUACAUCAUUGAAAACAUUGUAUUUAUAAAUAACCCAGAAACCUUUUAUAUUAAGCCCAAGGAUAUUGAAAGGUUCAAGUGGCUCACUGGGCUAGAGGGCUUUCAUUUAGAUAGAGAGAGGGCAAUGCUGCCGAGAAGUGUGAAUGAGGGAGUAUUAUGCGAUGUUGCAAUGAAGGAGGUUGAAUCAAGCGGGAAGUUGCCUGUCUCGCCUCCCUCCAUUUUGUCUCAUAGAACAAGAAGUUUGAAUGAUAUUCUCCAUGGCGAAGAUCUUUUGCAUAAUGCCCAUGCUGCGAAACCUGUCAACAGUGUACCGGGUAAAGAUUCACCCAAGACAGGCAAUUAUACUGCUCCAUUGCCUUCCGAAGCAAAUGCCAAGGUAGCAGACAGAUUUGAGCCAGGAAUGGUAUUUCUUCCUUCUCCCCCCACCAGGGAAGAGUGGAUAAACUUUGCAACUGCAACCAGAAAUGGAUAUGUAGUGACUGGGACUGCAGCUACAGGGCAUAUUGGACCGCCUAUCGGGUUGGUUGACAUAGGAGAGUGUGAAGAUUCCUACUUGUUCCGAGUAUCUCUUCCUGGGGUGAAGAGGGAUGAUAGAGAAUUUAGUUGUGAAGUUGAAAAUGACGGGAAAGUACUGAUAAGGGGAGUGACGACCGGCGGUGAAAGAACAGUUUACAGGUACUGCCAGGAAUUCAAGAUGCAAACGCAGAACUUGUGUCCACCAGGGCACUUCUCCAUCUCAUUUAAGCUGCCAGGUCCAGUUGACCCUCAACAAUUCUCAGGUAACUUUGGUACUGAUGGGAUUCUGGAAGGGAUUGUGAUGAAGGGAAUGUGAUACUAAGAAGAGAAUGCCUAAGUAAGAAGAUUUUGUUGUCUUUGUGUGUAUGGUCUUUGAGCCGAAGUUAAUAUGUAAUCCAUGACGAUAUCAUGUCCUGUAAGUAAACUUAACUACCUGCUGCAUCCAAGAGCCUGUUCUAUGGUUAUUUUGUUAUGUAUUUGAU